CCUGGAGAAUAAAACACGAGGAACCAGAACCCUGGAGAAUAAAACACGAGGAACCAGAACCCUGGGGAAUAGAACAUGAGGAACAAGGAGGCCCGAUGAAAGUGAAAGAGGAAAGACAAGAUUUGAAUGAAGUGGAGGAGAAGCAUCAGGAUCAGAAAGCGCAUGACGUCACUGGAGAAAAAUUUGUUAGUUGCUCCAAAACUGAAAACAGUUGCUCGCAACGCAACAUUCAAAGAAAAGAGGUCAAAAGGCCUUUCAGCUGCUCUCAGUGUGGAAACGCAUUCACUCGUAAAAAAUACCUCAAGAAUCACAUGAGAAUUCAUAAGAGAGUGAAGACUUUCACCUGCUCUGAGUGUGGAAACACUUUCAGCCAUAGAGGAAGCCUUUGGAAUCACAUGAAAAUUCAUACUGAAAUGAAACCUUUCAUCUGCUCCCAGUGUGGAAAGAGUUUCAAACAGAAAAGAAACCUUGACGAACACAUGAUAAAUGUUCAUACUGGAAAAAGGCCUUUCACCUGCUCUGAGUGUGGAAAUACUUUCAAACGUAAAAGAAGCCUUCAGAAUCACAUGCUAAACCAUACGGGAAAAAAGUCUUUCAUCUGCUCUCAGUGUGGAAGCAUGUUCAGCCAUAAUGGAAGCCUUUGGAAUCACAUGAAAAUUCAUACUGGAAUAAAGUCUUUCAGCUGCUCUCAGUGUGGAAAGAGUUUUACACAGAAAAAACUACUCAAUGAGCAUGUUCUUAUUCACACCUCAGCAAAGCGUUUCACCUGCUCUCAGUGUGGAAACACUUUUACACGUAAAGAAACCCUUAAGAAUCACAUGCUUAAUCAUGCUGGAAUAAAGCCUUUCAUCUGCUCUCAGUGUGGAAAGAGUUUUACACAGGAAAAACAACACAAUUGGCAUGUGCUGCUUCACACAUCAGUAAAGCCUUUCACCUGCUCUCAGUGUGGAAACACUUUCACACGUAAACAAACCCUUAAGAAUCACAUGUUAAAUCAUGCUGGAAUGAAGCCUUUUACCUGCUCUCAGUGUGGAAACACUUUCACACGUAAAGAAACCCUUAAGUAUCACAUGUUAAAUCAUGCUGGAAUAAAGCCUUUCAGCUGCUCUCAGUGUGGAAAGAGUUUCACACAAAAAAAACAACUUAAUGUGCAUGUGCGCAUUCACAAUUCAGAAAAGUCUUUCACCUGUCCUUAGUGUGGAAAUGCUUUCACGUGUAAAAGAAGCCUUGAGACAGAGUUGGGCCGAUAGGCGAUGCCAUCAUCCAUCGCCGAUGGCUGACAGACAUCAUGAUGUUGAGCUGGCAUCGUGAUUCCUCCCCCCACCCCAUCUCCCACAAUCCGCCGCAUCACAAUACCGUGUUCGGAAAGGAAAUGACGCGUACUAUGGAACCUCUAAAGGGAAUAAAUAUGAGAUG